GAGAAAGGUGCCGAGAGAGAAAAAAAGACGGCUAGAGACCGAGCAAUAGAGAGGGAGGAAACGAACGCCAGUUUGAGUUCUCAGCGAGGUUGCAGUCGACUGGAGCGUGUUUCACUGCGACACGGACACCGACAGAGUGACUAAGUUCCUUGCAAGACACCCUCCGAAAAUCGUCUGCACCUAAGAAGCAGCAACCAUGUCGGAUGCAGACAAGUUCCUGUACGUGGACCGCAACAUGGUCAACAACCCACUGAUACAGGCGGACUGGGCCACCAAGAAACUGGUAUGGGUUCCGUCGGAACGCCUGGGUUUCGAGGCCGGCUCCAUAAAGGAGGAACGGGGCGACGAGGUCAUGGUGGAGCUGUCCGACUCCGGGAAGAAAGUGAAGGUGAACAAAGACGACAUCCAGAAAAUGAACCCGCCCAAAUUCAGCAAGGUGGAGGACAUGGCCGAGCUGACCUGUCUGAACGAGGCGUCUGUGCUCCACAACCUGAAGGAGCGAUACUAUUCAGGGCUCAUCUAUACAUACUCAGGGCUUUUCUGUGUGGUGAUCAACCCAUAUAAAAACCUGCCUAUCUACUCAGAGGAGAUCAUUGAGAUGUAUAAAGGCAAAAAGCGUCACGAGAUGCCCCCACACAUCUAUGCUAUUACGGACUCUGCCUACAGAAGCAUGAUGCAAGAUCGUGAAGAUCAGUCUAUUCUGUGCACAGGUGAGUCUGGAGCAGGGAAAACAGAGAACACCAAGAAGGUCAUUCAGUAUCUGGCGCACGUCGCCUCUUCUCACAAGACCAAGAAAGACCAGGUCAGCAACCCCUCUCCUCUUCUGCACCAAGGGGAGCUAGAGAAGCAGUUGCUGCAGGCUAACCCAAUCCUUGAGGCCUUUGGUAACGCCAAGACGGUGAAGAACGAUAACUCCUCAAGAUUCGGUAAAUUCAUUCGAAUCAACUUCGACGUCAAUGGCUACAUCGUCGGUGCUAACAUUGAGACCUACCUGCUGGAGAAAUCUCGUGCAAUUCGCCAGGCCAAAGACGAGAGAACCUUCCAUAUUUUCUACUACCUGCUUACUGGAGCUGGAGACAAGAGGCGAUCUGAGCUAUGCCUGGAGAACUACAACAACUACCGUUUCCUGUCCAAUGGUAACGUGACCAUCCCUGGCCAGCAGGACAAAGACCUCUUCGUUGAGACCAUGGAGUCCAUGAGGAUCAUGGGAAUUCCCGAGGAUGAGCAAACGGGUCUUUUGAAGGUAGUGUCUGCAGUUCUUCAGCUUGGUAACAUGACCUUUAAGAAGGAGCGUCACUCCGACCAGGCCUCCAUGCCUGAUGACACAGCUGCCCAGAAGGUAUGCCAUCUCAUGGGCAUGAACGUGACGGACUUCGCCCGCGCCAUCCUGUCGCCCAGGAUCAAAGUGGGCCGGGACUACGUGCAGAAGGCUCAGACCCAGGAGCAGGCGGAGUUCGCGGUGGAGGCUCUGGCCAAAGCCACGUACGAGAGGAUGUUCCGGUGGCUCGUCAUGCGCAUCAACAAAGCCCUGGACAAGACCAAACGCCAGGGAGCCUCCUUCAUCGGCAUCCUGGACAUCGCCGGGUUCGAGAUCUUUGAGCUGAACUCGUUUGAGCAGUUGUGUAUUAAUUACACUAACGAGAAGCUGCAGCAGUUGUUCAAUCACACCAUGUUCAUCCUGGAGCAGGAAGAGUACCAGCGCGAGGGCAUCGAGUGGAGCUUCAUCGAUUUUGGCCUGGACCUGCAGCCCUGCAUCGACCUCAUUGAGAAGCCAGCCAAUCCUCCGGGUAUUCUGGCCUUGCUUGAUGAAGAAUGUUGGUUCCCCAAAGCUACAGACAAGAGCUUUGUGGAAAAGGUUCUCCAGGAGCAGGGAACACACCCCAAGUUCCACAAGCCCAAGAAACUGAAGGACGAAGCAGACUUCUGCAUCAUCCACUACGCCGGAAAGGUGGACUAUAAAGCAGAUGAAUGGCUGAUGAAGAACAUGGACCCGCUGAAUGACAACGUGGCCACUCUACUCAACCAAUCAACUGACAAGUUUGUGUCCGAACUCUGGAAGGAUGAGGUUCAGAGUUGUCAGAGAGCCUAUUUUUAUCAGCGUUUUCCUUUCCUUCAUAUAGAGCCAGUGGACCGUAUCGUGGGCCUGGAUAAGGUGGCAGGCAUGUCCGAGAUGCCAGGAGCCUUUAAGACCCGUAAGGGAAUGUUCCGGACCGUGGGUCAGCUCUAUAAGGAGCAGCUCGCCAAACUCAUGGCCACUCUGAGAAACACCAACCCCAACUUCGUCCGCUGUAUCAUCCCCAACCACGAGAAAAAGGCGGGUAAACUGGACCCCCACCUGGUUCUGGAGCAGCUGAGAUGUAACGGUGUCUUGGAGGGGAUCCGUAUCUGCAGACAGGGUUUCCCCAAUCGUAUCGUCUUCCAAGAGUUCAGGCAGAGAUAUGAGAUCCUCACCCCCAAUGCCAUCCCUAAGGGCUUCAUGGAUGGCAAACAGGCCUGUGUGCUCAUGAUCAAGGCUCUGGAGUUGGACCCCAACCUGUACCGGAUCGGUCAGAGCAAAGUGUUCUUCCGGGCCGGAGUCCUGGCCCAUCUGGAGGAGGAGCGCGACAUGAAGAUCACUGACGUCAUCAUCAGCUUCCAGGCCUGGUGCCGUGGUUACGUCGCCCGAAAGGCGUUUGCUAAGCGACAGCAGCAGCUGACAGCCAUGAGAGUGAUCCAGAGGAACUGUGCCGCCUACCUGAAACUCCGGAACUGGCAGUGGUGGAGACUCUUCACUAAGGUGAAGCCGCUGCUGCAGGUGAGUCGUCAGGAGGAGGAGAUGCAGGCCAAGGAUGAGGAGCUGACGAAGGUGAAGGAGAAACAGCAGCUGGCUGAGCAGCAGCUCCAGGAGAUGGAAACCAAGCAAGCACAGCUGAACGCUGAGAAGAUGGCCCUGCAGGAGCAGCUCCAGGCAGAGAUGGACCUGUGCGCUGAGGCCGACGAGAUGAGGAACCGUCUGGUGGCCAAGAAGCAGGAGCUGGAGGAGAUCCUCCACGACCUGGAGGCCCGGGUGGAGGAGGAGGAGGAGCGAGCCAACCAGCUGCAGGCCGAGAAGAAGAAGAUGCAACAGAACAUCACGGAUCUGGAGCAGCAGCUGGAUGAGGAGGAGGCUGCAAGGCAGAAGCUCCAGCUGGAGAGGGUUACCAUGGAGGCCAAACUGAAGAAGGUGGAGGAGGACGUGAUGGUGCUUGACGACCAGAACAACAAACUCAACAAGGAGAAGAAACUUCUGGAAGAGAGGAUCUCCGAGUUCACCACCAACCUGGCCGAGGAGGAGGAGAAGUCCAAGAGUCUGCAGAAACUCAAGAACAAACACGAGGCAAUGAUCACUGACUUGGAGGACCGUCUGCGGAGAGAGGAGAAGAUGAGGCAGGAGCUGGAGAAGAACAGGAGGAAGCUGGAGGGCGACUCCACCGAGCUCCACGACCAGAUCGCCGAGCUGCAGGCCCAGAUCGCUGAGCUCCGCGCCCAACUCGCCAAAAAAGAGGAGGAGCUCCAGGAGGCUCUGGCAAGGAUUGAGGAGGAGGCAGCCCAGAAGAACCUGGCCCAGAAGAAGAUCCGUGAGCUGGAGGCUCAGCUGUCGGAGCUUCAGGAGGAUCUGGAGUUGGAGCGCGCCGCCCGCACCAAAGCGGAGAAACACCGCCGAGACCUGAGCGAGGAGCUAGAGGCUCUGAAGACUGAACUGGAAGACACACUGGACUCCACCGCCGCCCAACAGGAGCUCAGGGCUAAACGUGAGACAGAGGUAGCACAUUUGAAGAAGACUCUGGACGAUGAAGCCAAAGUUCAUGAGCAGCAGUUGUUGGAGAUGAGACAGAAGCACAGCCAGGCCUUCGACGAACUCAACGAACAACUGGAGCAGGCCAAGAGGAAUAAGGUUUCAGUGGAGAAGACCAAGCAGGCUCUGGAGAGUGAGAGGAACGAGCUGCAGAUUGAACUCCAGACGCUGAUGCAGGGUAAAGGAGAGUCUGAGAACCGCAGGAAGAAAGCGGAGGCUCAGGUCCAGGAGCUGCAGGUCAAACACGCCGAGAGCGAGAGACAGCGCGUAGAACUGGCCGAAAGAGUGGCCAAGCUACAGGUGGAACUGGACAACGUGAACGGUCUGCUGAGCGAAGCAGAGGGCAAAUCCAUCAAAGUGUCGAAAGACUGCACCGCCGUGGAGUCUCAGCUCCAGGACGUACAGGAACUGCUCCAAGAGGAGACCAGACAGAAACUCGCCCUCAACACACGUCUGCGGCAGAUGGAGGAUGAACAGAACAGCCUGAGAGAGCAACUGGAGGAAGAGGAGGAGAGUAAGAGGAAUGUGGAGAAACAGCUCCUUACUGUGCAGGGCCAGCUGGCUGAUAUGAGGAAGAGGGUGGAGCAGGAUGCGGGCAGUCUGGAGACUGCUGAGGAAGGGAAGAAGAGGCUUCAGAGAGAACUGGAGAGCGUCACUCAAAGGCUGGAGGAGAAGGCCUCAGCCUAUGACAAACUGGACAAGACCAAGACCCGCCUCCAGCAGGAGCUGGACGACAUGCUGGUGGACCAGGACCACCUGAGACAGAUCGUCUCCAACCUGGAGAAGAAACAGAAGAAGUUCGACCAGAUGCUGGCCGAGGAGAAGUCCAUCUCCGCGCGUUACGCCGAGGAACGAGACAGGGCCGAGGCUGAAGCCAGAGAGAAGGAGACCCGCGCCCUGGCGCUGACCCGCGAGCUGGAGACGCUGUCGGACUCGAAGGACGAGCUGGAGCGCGCCAACAAACUGCUCCGCGCCGAAAUGGAGGACCUGGUCUCCUCCAAGGACGAUGUCGGCAAGAGCGUGCACGAGCUGGAGAAGUCGAAGAGAGGCAUGGAGCAGCAGUUGGAGGAGAUGCGGACCCAGCUGGAGGAGCUGGAGGACGAGCUGCAGGCCACGGAGGACGCCAAACUGAGACUGGAGGUGAACAUGCAGGCCAUGAAGGCCCAGUACGAGAGAGACCUGCAGGGCCGCGACGAGAUGGGCGAGGAGAAGAGGAAGCAGCUCAUCAAACAGGUGCGGGAGAUGGAAAUGGAGCUGGAGGAUGAGAGGAAGCAGCGCUCCAUCGCCGUGGCAGCUCGUAAGAAGAUGGAGCUCGACCUGAAGGAGCUGGAGGCCGCCAUCGACAUGGCCAACAAGAACCGCGACGAGGCCCUGAAACAGCUGAAGAAACUCCAGGCCCAGAUGAAGGACGUCCUGAGAGAGCUGGAGGACACUCGUAUGUCCCGGGAGGAGAUCCUGGCCCAGUCCAAGGAGAACGAGAAGAAGCUCAAGAGCAUGGAAGCCGACAUGAUCCAACUCCAGGAGGAGCUGGCUGCAGCAGAACGUGCAAAGAGACAAGCCCAGCAGGAGAGAGACGAGCUACAGGAUGAGCUUAACAACCAGGCGGGCAAGAGCUCUCUGAACUCUGAGGAACGAAGGCGUCUGGAGGCCCGUAUCGCACAGCUGGAGGAGGAGUUGGAGGAGGAGCAGUGUAACACAGAGCUGGUGAACGACAGACUGAAGAGAGCUCUGCUCCAGACGGACCAGAUCAAUGUGGAGCUGACGGCCGAGCGCAGUACCUCCCAGCGCCUGGAGGGGGCGCGCUCACAGUUGGAGCGCCAGAACAAGGAGCUGAAGCUCAAGCUGACCGAGCUGGAGGGAACCGUCAAGAGCAAGUACAAGGCCACUAUCGGCGCCCUGGAGGCCAAGAUCGCUCAGCUAGAGGAGCAGCUUGACAUUGAGACGAGGGAGAGGGCACAGGCCUCUAAACUGGUUCGUCGCACUGAGAAGAGACUGAAGGAGGUCAUUCUGCAAGCAGAGGAUGAGCGGCGCAACGCUGAGCAGCAGAAAGACCAGGCUGACAAGCUGAACAGCCGUAUGAAACAGCUGAAGAGGCAGUUGGAGGAGGCAGAGGAGGAGGCGCAGAGGGCUAAUGCUAACCGCCGAAAACUGCAGAGAGAGCUGGAGGACGCCACGGAGUCGGCUGACGCCAUGAACAGAGAAGUCAGCUCUCUCAAGAGCAAACUCAGGCGCGGUGACCUUCCUUACACCAUGAGACGCAUUGUCUCCCGGACUGGAGGAAUCGAGAGUGACGAAGAGAGCGAGCCCAAGAGUGAAACUCCCGAACCCAAACCUGAGUGAAAAAACAAAACCCCACAGUGCCAUCUAGUGGCUUUAGCAUGACACUGCGGCACGUUUAUUGUAACACACAGCUGAUACUCGAUGGACAACAUGGUCCAUAGGAACUCAGAGAAGCACAUUUACUUAAAACAUGUUUUGUGCCAUACGCCUUGUGUAUCCAUCUUAGAUCAAUGCAGAACACAACCACACACACACAUAACAGUUCUUUUUGACAAUCAAACCGUUAGUCCACUCCCCUCACUCAGAACGAUGGACCAAAUUCUCUCUCUCAUCACUUCAUUCUCUGGGUUAAAAGAAAACGGAUAGGAAAGAUAUUUUUGUAAGGAGACAUUCCAUUGAUGACAGGUUUUUUUUUUGUUUUGUUUUUGUUCUCUUGAUCUAUUUUUCUAAUUGAAAUAUGAAAGUAAAUGUAAAAAAAGAUGAUAACUGAAGAAAAAACAUGGAAGGAGAAUGACUGUUGAAGGGGACCAAAGUAAUGUCAUGAUCUACAAAACUAUUUUAUUCUGAAGUCUUUUUUUUUUUUUUUUGGUAAUGGUAUAUGGAUGAACUUAUUACUCAUUUAUGAUGGCUUUUGCACUCUGUCUCUCUCUCUCUCUCUUUCUCGCUCUCUCUUAUACAUACACAUACACACGCAUGCACCUCUAUUGACAAAAGGGGUCUAUACUAUGCAUUGUUCUGUACAAGUCUUUGCAGCCAAUAGUACUUUACUCAACAUAGUGUAUGGGCUUCAGGUAGUAGAUUUUAUUCGUGUAUGUAAUGCAUUUAGUCUCUCCAGCAUACAAAAUGACACUUACCUGGUUGUUAAACAUUCACUGCAACACACUUGGGCUAUAUAUCGAUUUAUUUUUGCACUGAGCAAUAAAAUGAAUUUGGACUGUAUUUGGAUGCAAAUAAUUUACAGCAAUAUAUUGGAGAAUGCAAAACAUAUACUGACGUAAUAAACACAGCACUAUGCACUAUAGCCUUAAAACAGUUGAAGUCUUUUUUUUUUCUGUUGGUCCAUGACUUCUGACUUAAAUUUUGGACGCUGCCUUAUAGCAUCAGGGUUUUUUUUGGGCAGUGUUGAAACGGAAUGGUAUGGGUUUUUUUUCCUCACGGCACACACUGUAUUCUCUGGGUACUGUUCCUUUUCGGGGCGAGCGGAGAUGUUACCGUGGAAUAUCAACUGAAAUUCAAUCGAAAAAGCGCCGAAGUUCGUAAAAAAAGAAAAAAUGAAGAAUAUUUUCAACUUCCCUGGCUAUGGAAACAUUGUUAAAUUGCCUUUUUACACACGAAACCAAAUGUGAGCCCUCUCACUUUCCAAAUUUCUUAUACAGUAAAGAAAUUUACGAUUUUUAAAAAUCCAUGUCGAUGUGGAUCGGUGCAUAUGUGUAUCCAAGAAACGGUUACCGGUGACCCUCCGCUCGCUCAGCGCGUGCUCAGGGUUGGCCUUUCGCUCACACUGCUGGAAAGUGAGAGAAAAUUGGGGUGGAAACUUUAUGAAUACAUAUUGUCUCUCUCUACACACUUAUAAAAAAAGAAGAAGGAAACGUUAAUUUUGUACUACUAUUUUCUCUCUGCAGCACAAAUGAUAUACAAAGAGAAGUCAUGAAUUGUUGGUAUUACUGCAAUAAAAAUGGCUUUCUAAACAGCUAC